AUGACCUACUUCAAAUCUUUCAAAACAAGCAAGAAAGGGGACGAGUAUGGUCGCCUAACACAUGACGACGAAGAUGGCGAGAAUGCGGACAUCCAUGUCAAUCCAGGAUCUCAUCGCAAAACCUCUACUCUAACCUGGUUGCUUGUAUCAAACUCUAUUUUGGCACUGGCGGUUGUGGGACUAUCAGCCCGAAUUUUCUCCCAGCCCUUGGCAUCAACCACAUCGACCCAUUAUUCCGGGGUUGGGCCCGUCCAACUACUGGAGGAUCAGCUUGGGAUCGUAUCAACUGUUAUAGAGACCUAUCAGUUCUUUGAUGAUGAUUUGGAUCCUUAUGACUUUAGUAAAGGGGACCCUUACUGGGCAUCCCUCUUUCCUAAGGGUGGCGGCCAAUGCUUUCUCGAUGACGAGGUUGUGGCAUCCUACAAACUUCCACCCUCCCUAAGACACCCGGGCAAAGGAAACUUCACCGGAUACGAGAUGGCGGGAUACCAUUCCCUACACUGCCUAGAUUGGGGAGCAAUACGAUAUAACGGACCAUCUAUGGACGCAUACUUUACAUUGUUUGGCGGACUUACGUCAAGCUAUACUCUGCAACCUUGA